GGUGGCGGUCCAUGAGCGCACCGGUACACCCGUCGACCGACGAAGGCGGUGACGGUCUCGAGGCAGCGGCGCAAGUCCUCGAGCACCCGGAGCUCUGGACACAGUCGACGUUUCGCUCGACGCCGGGCCUCCACCGCUUGUCGCGCAUGCUGCACACGCGCCGUCUGCACCGCCCACUCCAUUUUGGCCACGUGGCCCUCGCCUUCUAUGCGCCGAUCGGGCUGCUGCUCCUGAUCCUUCGGCUGGUCCUGCUCGCCCUCUUUUUCAUCGCCCUUCUCUACCUCAAAGACGCAGCGACCAUUAGCCGCGCGUUCGUCUAUCUCUCGGUGCCCAUGGGUCUUUUCGUGACGCUUCUCGAUCCGGAGGGCCAGUGGCAGACGCCGUCCCCGCCCAUUCUUGUGUGCAACCAUGUGAGUGAGCUGGGCGCAAUCGCACUCCAAGUGCUCGGGCCGUUCGAGACGCUCGGAUAUGAUUUCUUCAAGUCGUCGCGGGUGUUUCGACGCCUCGCUGCCGCCUACGGGUACAUUUACGUGCCUUAUGCAUCGCGCACCCAAGGCAAUACGUCGGGCCGCGAUGCGCUGCGCGCACUGCUCACCGAGAAAGUCCAUGCCGGCAUUCGCCCGAUCCUGUGCUUCCCCGAGGGCGGGAUGACGAAUGGCGUCGCGGGCUUAUUGCAGUACCACACGUUCCUCUUCGGCCUCGGUGUGCGCAUCCAGCCCAUCGCGCUCUCGGCGACCGACGGCCCUUUUCCCGUGCACUUGAACGACGAGUCGAGCUCGACGAUGGCCAAUGUGCUCUGGUUCCUCUUUUUGCCGUGGCAUCGCUUUACACUGCGCGUCUUGCCGCCCACCAGCAUCGGCGCGGCCGAGACACCGCUCGACUUUGCACAGCGCGUCAUGGCGACGACCGCGGCGGCCCUCGGUGUUACCAGCAGCCCGUUCUUGUACCGCCACAAGACAGCGUAUCUUCAACUGCGCCUCGCCAAUGUCGCCGGCUAA